AUGCUGCAGUUAGCGAACCUGCUGCUUCUCUCUCUGCUGGCUGUCAGAGGCAAGGAAUCCGUGUGUCGAACAUACGGCACUAAAGAACUCUCUCAGUUUUCAAAGGAAGGGGACAUCAACAUAGGAGGCAUUUUCUCCUUCCAUCAGAAUCCAGUCAGUGUCAACCCGUCUUUCCAGGUUGACCCGGGAAGCGUGCAAUGUAAUGGACUGGAUCCAGGUGAACUACAAUAUGCAUACACCAUGAUGUUUGCUAUAGAGGAGAUCAACAACAGCUCUGAGCUGCUUCCAGGGAUAACACUGGGCUAUAGCAUCUUUGACUCUUGCCCAAGCAUCCCUCUCUCUGUCAGAGCCUCUCUCAACUUAAUGAACGGAUGGAAUGGUAUGGAAGGGGAAGGCAGCUGCAAGAAGCUAACCGUUCAGGCAGUCAUUGGAGAAACCACCUCCACCUCCACUAUAGGUAUAGCGAGCACCAUGGGGGCCUUCCAUAUACCUGUGAUAAGUCAUUCAGCCACCUGUGCAUGCCUUAGCAACAGAAAAGAAUAUGAGUCCUUCUUCAGAACUAUCCCCAGUGACCUUUACCAGAGCCAAGCACUGGCAAAGCUUGUGAAGCACUUCGGUUGGACCUGGGUAGGGGCGAUCCGAACAAACAGCGACUAUGGGAAUGGUGGAAUGGCUACCUUCCUGAAGGCAGCUAAAAAGGAAGGUGUAUGUGUCGAGUACUCAUUGCCCAUUUACAGAACUGACCCAAGGAAGUGGUUCCUGAAGGUGGUAGACAUCAUCAAAAAGUCGUCCUCUAAGGUUAUAGUUGCAUUUGCUGAUGGCACUGAUCUAGACAUCCUCAUUAAAGAGCUGUACCUCCAGAAUGUGACCGGACUUCAGUGGGUGGGCAGUGAGGGCUGGAUAACAUACCGUUACAUUGCUUCCCCAGUGAACUAUGCUGUGGUGCAGGGUGCUGUUGGUUUUGCUGCACACAAUGCUCAUGUCCCUGGACUACAGGAGUUCCUGGUCAAUAGCAGGCCAUCUACACAGCCAUAUGACCAGGGGCUGGUGGAGCUGUGGGAGAAUGUGUUCAGCUGCACACUCAUUCCUGGGGCCGAAGCUCCGGCCCAGGAUUUAGUCACAUCCUGCAGCGGGAAGGAGUCUCUGCGGGAGACAGAAUCCCGCUUCACAGAUGUAUCUGAUGCUAGUCUGCUGAAUAAUAUCUACAAGGCCACAUAUGCUGUGGCCCAUGCAUUGCACCAGUUGCUCACCUGCCAAGAUGCAAAGGGUCCCUUUGAGAACAACUCAUGUGCAGACAGGGGCAACAUAGAACCAUGGCAGGUGCUGCAUUACCUGACGCAGGUGAACUUCACCACUAAGAUCGGUGAGACUGUGUCUUUUGAUGACAUGGGAGACCCAGCGGCCCGCUACGCCCUGGUGAACUGGCAGAUGGAUGAAUCCAGCUACAUCCGAUUUGAAACAAUUGGCGACUACGACGCCUCGCAAGCUGAGGGCCAGCAGUUUAAAAUGAAGCCAGCUGUCAGCGCUGUCUGGGCUGGUCAACAGACACAGGUUCCCCGAUCUAUAUGCAGUGAGAGCUGUCUACCAGGGACUCGGAGGGCUUUCGUCAAGGGAAAAGCUAUCUGCUGUUUUGAUUGCAUCCCCUGUGCUGACGGGGAGUUCAGCAACAGCACAAAUGCAGUGAAAUGUGACAAAUGCCCUCCUGAGUACAAGUCCAACACGAAGAGAAAUAACUGUGAUUUGAAAGCUAUUGAGUUUCUAACAUUCAGAGAACUCAUGGGUAUUUUAUUAGUAACAUUUUCUGUGUUUGGAGCCUGUUUGUCGAUAACCAUAGCACUGAUAUUUUACCACUACCGACUGACUCCAAUAGUCAGGGCAAACAACUCUGAGCUGAGCUUCCUGCUGCUCUUCUCCUUGACUCUGUGUUUCCUGUGUUCUCUGACCUUCAUCGUCCGUCCCUCAGACUGGUCCUGUAUGCUUCGCCACACAGCUUUUGGGAUCACCUUUGUCCUCUGUAUCUCUUGUGUUCUGGGGAAAACUAUAGUGGUGCUAAUGGCCUUCAGGGCUACAUUACCCGGUAGUAAUGUUAUGAAAUGGUUUGGUCCAACUCAGCAGAGACUCAGUGUAUUGGCUUUCACUCUCAUACAGGUUUUGAUUUGUAUUCUUUGGUUAACAAUUAAUCCUCCAUAUCCCAUUAAGAAUAUGGAAACCUAUAUGGAUAAGAUCAUACUAGAAUGUGCCCUAGGAUCCCCUAUAGGGUUCUGGGCUGUGUUGGGGUACAUAGGGCUCCUAGCUAUGUUAUGUUUCAUACUGGCUUUUCUGGCCAGAAAGCUGCCUGAUAACUUCAAUGAGGCCAAAUUUAUCACCUUCAGCAUGGUGAUAUUCUGUGCAGUCUGGAUCACCUUCAUCCCUGCUUAUGUCAGUUCUCCUGGGAAAUUCACUGUAGCUGUGGAGAUAUUUGCAAUUCUAGCUUCAAGCUAUGGGUUGUUAUUUUGUAUUUUUCUUCCCAAGUGCUACAUUAUAUUGCUUACACCAGAGAAAAAUACAAAGAAACAUUUGAUGGGCCAGAUAACACCAAGAACAUUAUAGAUGACAUUGCAUCAUAUAUACACACUGUAUUCAACAAUAUUGGAAAUGUUGUUUUCUUUUAAGU